AUGGCUACUGCCAAUCCCUUUGAUUUGUUGGGUGACGACGUUGAAGAUCCGUCGCAAUUGCUCGCGGCUGAGCAUUUGAAGGCAGCCGUGACUCCUAAGAAGGAACAGGGCAAACCUGGAACCCGCAGUGGCGCGGCGACAUCUCAACCGGCCAAGCCGGCUCAAUUGCCUUCCAAACCGCUUCCUCCUUCUCAGGCUGGUGGCCGAGGAGGUGGUCGAGGAUAUGGACGAGGACGUGGUGGUGGUAGUGGCUUUGGGCGUGAUUUUCCCAGUGAUGAAAACUCAUCUGCCCCUGCUAACCAAGGAUCCUUUGAAGAUGCUGGGAAUCCCUCUGAAAGACGAGGUUAUGGUGCUCCACGUGGGCCCUAUCGUGGCAUUGGUCGUGGUCGACGUGGAGGUUUUAGCAAUGGUGAUGUUGGUGAAGAUGGACGCCCAAGAAGAGCUUUUGAACGGCGCAGUGGGACUGGACGAGGAAGUGAAUUCAAACGAGAUGGUGCUGGACGAGGAAACUGGGGUACACAAUCCGAUGAAAUUGCUCAGGUGACUGAGGAAGUGGCAAACCAAACUGAAAAGAAUUUGGGUUUGGGUGAUGAGAAGCCAGCAGGUGAGGAAGAUGCUGCAGAUGGUAACAAGGAGAGUCCUGCUAAUGAAAAUGAAGAGAAGGAACCUGAGGACAAAGAGAUGACUCUCGAAGAGUACGAGAAAGUGUUGGAAGAGAGAAGGAAGGCUCUGCAGGGAAUCAAAACUGAAACCCGGAAGGUGGAUGUCAAAGAGUUUGCAUCCAUGCAGCCACUUUCAAACAAGAAAGACAAUGAUGAGAUAUUUAUUAAAUUGGGAUCUGACAAGGAUAAACGUAAAGAUGCUUUGGAGAAAGAGGAGAGAUCCAAGAAGUCUGUGAACAUCACUGAGUUUCUGAAGCCAGCUGAAGGGGAAAGGUACUACAACACUAGUGGACGGGGUCGGGGACGUGGUCGUGGUUCCCGAGGAGGAUACAGUGGAAAUGCAGGCAACAAUGUUGCAGCUCCGUCAAUUGAGGAUCCUGGGCAAUUUCCAUCCUUGGGUGGCAAGUGA